AUGGAAGACAACGAAGAUGACUUCUUUUCCGACGAUGGCUUCGAUGAUCUGCCGCCCGGCACCUUGUUCCAGCUGGAACAAGACGCGUAUCGCGCAACCCAGGCCCAGAAGCCCACCACACGAGAACCAAGUGUCGAAUUCAUAGACUCUCGUCCCGCUGUUGGUGACUACGUGUCUCGAUCAGCACAGCCUCAACAUGCAGACCGCGCCGUCCCUCCCAAUCCUACCUUACAGCCUCCCGCGCGUUUACACACCGGACUAACGAACGAUUAUAAUGCUUUGGAUGUGGGCGAAUUGGACGCAGAGGUCCUCAAUGAUGAGACCACCUCAACAAUUCCGCUGGAGCAGGAUAUGUCACUUUCGGGCUUGGUGGAUGACCCGUACAAUGGGCCAGCACACGUGGAACAAUACCAUCAUAUGCAGCAGGCGCCUGCUGAACGCAUGGAGGUCGAUGGAGAUCUUACCCAUCAUUCCGAUAUGCACGUGGUUCGCGAACUAUCGUACGAGGACGCCAUGGUCAUGCAAGAAGGACCUGUUGGGGGUGACGGUGGAAUUAGCGCCGAACAGACUGCCUGGGAGGACGAACACUACAAACAGCUGAUGGAAGAUCUCGCCGCCGCAAAAGCAAUGGCGGAAACGAAAGCCGGGGAGAUUGCCAUCAUCCGAUCCAACCAAGCCAAGCUCAUCGACAACUAUGACCGCCAACUGUCGGCACUGAGAAAGGCGAUCGCCGAGGAAGCCGCUCGCCAUAAGGAAGAGGUCGAGGCUGCGCGCGCAGAAGGCAAAAUGCUAGCGACAGAAAACGCUUUCCUCAGACAGGACUUGGCCGAAGAAUCCAUCCGGAACAACAAUUUGAAGAUGAAGGGGCGAGUCGAGGAAAAGGCACCACCUGUUACUCCGAAGAAAACGAGAGUCCUCCCAUUUCGCGACGGGUUCGACGAUGAUGAGAUUGUCGCAAUCUCCCCAAGUAAAUCUGCUCGGUCCAAGAAGAUCGCGUCCGUGAUACCUGGCAAAAGAAAGAGGAGAUCGAGUCAGGACAGCCUCACCCAACUGCAACUAAGUCCACAGGUCGAUCGUAUGAUGACCGAACCCGGUCCAGGAGACUUUUCCGACGACCUUAUGGUGGACAUGGCGCUCGAACAGCCUCCGCAGCAGAGCGAACUUCCAAAAGUAUCAAGUCCACUGUCGAUGAAACAUCUUCUGAACCAUCGAACAUUUCCUCACGAGGAGCGUGAUAUUGAGGUAAUGGCGCGCAUGGCAUUCCCAUCCGAACCACAGCGCAUGCUCUCCACGAUUCUCUUGGAAGAAACAGCAAGUCUCAAAGUCGGCAACUACAUAGUGGAGUACGCUCAAGUCAUAACCUCUCUAUGGUCUCGUGCCCUGCGAGAGAAGUUCUGGCAGCCAAUCCCCAUUUUCAUGUCAAUCUUCAGGUACAUGCUGGCACUCGAUGCGCCGAUCUCAGAUUUGAUCGAACAUCUAGUGCCAGUCUUACAGGCGUCAGGGGACGUCAACGGUGUCCCGCGGUUCAAGCAUUCUCCCGUAUCGCGGCAGAGUUGGCAGAUAAGACAAACACCCCAGUCUGAGCUGCAACCUCUCGUGGAUUCGACCGAAGCACUGGGCUUGCUCUAUCAGAUGGCAUGCCGAUGUCUCCAUGUCAGCCGAGACCUGGAGAACUUUUGGCGUCACAUACGCUACGACUUCAUCCUAAUGAUGCUAAACAGCGCACAGCGUGCGAAGGAUAUCACCCUAACACUCGGCUUGCUGUCAACCAGCAUCCGAGCCCAAUCGUUCGGUUCGAUCCAAGAUACAGAGCAAGACCAAAUCGCCAACGAGAACUACAUCGUUGACCGCGUCGCCAAUCUCCUGAGUGAGACGCUCCAGGUCGAUGAGGGCCAGCCUCCCUGCACGGCCUUUGAGGUCUGUGAAAUGCGACUGGAGGCCCUGUCCCUCCUGACGUCCAUCGCGUUCAACGUGAUGGUCCCUUCCAGCACACAUGGAAGCUCAGUCAUUGCAUCCCACCCCACGGCCCUCGCCCGGCUCAUCCGAGCCAUGCAUGACGAGUUGGAUGCGCUGUAUUCGUCAUCCCCUGAACAGGAUCAACAUGCAGCGUUGGUCAACGGGUUGAUGCGGCUAGUGCAUGGGGUGAUACAACGACACCAGGGCCAGAUCGACCUGCAGUCGAAACUCUGUCGAGUGCCAGGCGGAAAGCAGAAAUUCUUGGUGGUGUUCACUCGGCUAGCGUUCAGUGAAGGACUGGUGGUGGAAGCUGGAAUUGAGGAUGAAACCGUGGAGAUGGCGCAUGAGAUUCUAGACGAUGCGGUCAAUCCGCAGGAAGCCGAGGCACUGCAGGAGGCGUUUUCCAGUUCGAGUUCGAAAAGAGAGGAAUGA